AUGAAGUGUUUCUAUUACUUUAAGGAUAAAAGCAGAGUCAAUAAACAAAGAUCAGCCCCAACUUUGAAAUACCAAAGCAAUUUCAGUACAUCAGAAGCUGAGAGAGUAAUCAAAUCUUCAUCUUCGGCUCCUUCACCCCGCGGUAUAACUGAAUUAUAUGAAGAAAAAGCUCAAAACUUGAGAGUUUUUAAGUUCUCUGAGCUUAAACAGGCCACUAGUAAUUUCAGUAGAUUGCUUAAGAUUGGUGAAGGUGGUUUUGGAUGUGUAUAUAAGGGAAAAAUCAAAACCUUUGACGGAAAGGGCGAUCCUUUUGUGGUUGCCAUAAAAAAACUCAACAGACAUGGCAAUCAGGGUCAUAAAGAAUGGGUAACCGAGAUGAAAUUUCUUGGUGCUGUGGAUCACCCAAAUCUUGUUAAACUCAUUGGAUAUUGUGCCGUGGAUGGAGAGAGAGCUCUUCCUUGGGUUCAAAGAUUGCAAAUAGUGCUCGGAGCAGCUCAAGGAUUGGCUUAUCUUCAUGAAGAAUUAGAAGUUCAGGUUAUAUAUCGAGAUUUCAAGUCAUCAAAUGUGCUAUUAGAUGAGGAUUUCAAGCCAAAGCUUUCAGACUUUGGGCUCGCCCGGGAGGGUCCAGUUGAUGGACAAACUCACGUUUCUACAGCGGUCGUUGGAACAAAUGGAUAUGCUGCCCCGGAUUACAUUGAGACUGGACAUCUUACUUCUAAAACUGAUGUUUGGAGUUUUGGCAUUGUGUUGUACGAAAUCUUGACUGGCAGGCGAUCCCUUGAAAGAGAGAGACCAAGAUCAGAGCAGAACCUGUUGGACUGGGUGAAACAAUACCCCACUGACAGUAGGAAAUUUGGCACGAUAAUGGACUCGAGACUCGAAAAUCAGUAUUCACUCAGCGCAGCUCGAGAAGUUGCUAAAUUGGCCAAGCAUUGUUUGGUAAAAAUUAGAAAGGACCGGCCAAAGAUGAGCCAGGUGGUGGAAAGUUUAAAGCAAAUACUUGGGAUUUCAGCCGUUGAAAGCCCGCCUGCCAAACAUUUCGACGACGUUGAAGAUGAUCCGACAGAAGAAAAGCCCAUUAAACAGAUGGGAGUCUCAGAAUCGGCCAAAAGGCGUAUGGAACAUUUGGCUAAAAUAAGUGAAAAUGUAGAUGGUGCUAAUAGGAGAAGGUUUAUGAUCAUGCAGGGGGCUAGAGCGACAUAG